CACACUACACGUUGACAACUCUGGGCUUAUAGAAAUUAAAUGUUCUAUUUCAUCCGUUUACUUGUUGUUGGUUAUACCCAUAGCACCAAAUUGUAGCAGCAAUGGAAAAUCAUAAGGAUGUGGUCACCCAGCGCACUUGGCGCCGCAUCCUGGAGCACCUGAGUCCGGUAAAAGGAUACAAGGUGGACGAGAGGGGAGUCAGCUGGUACCGAGGACUGUCCCAGUCCCAGAUGGCGGCAGCAAACGGAUUGUUCGACAUCCUGAGGGAGAACAUGGAUAAGAAGACGACCUCGAAUGUUGCGAAGCUAAUGGUGAAACUGGGACUGCAUCCCAAUCCGCCGUGGAAAACGCUGCACACGGUGAUCAAACUGAGCCGCGGUAAUGAUCUGGCCUUCCUCUGGUUCCUUAUGGAAAUGUGCUACAAGACACCCAAUCACGGCGAGACCUACAGUGUUAACGAGCAGAUCAUCAUGACGGCCAUCUUCCGGUUGGACCUCUGUCCCACUCUGAGGGAACUGGACCGCUGGCUGCCACUGCCACAUUCCUCGCAAUCGGAUAGGGAUAAAGCAGACGCUCUGAGGCAGAGAAGUCUGAGCUUCAAGAAGGAAAAAGAGGAUGAGCGCCAAAGGGAUUUGGCCAGAAAGGCAAAGAUCGUGACACCUCUAUCUCCCUACUUCCAGCAACCCAAUGUUCCCGGAAAGCUUCGUCACGAGCGCAGAUUGCUGUCCGACUAUCCGGACACUGCAGCCAUUCUAUUUCACAUGGACGAGGAGCCCAUCGAAGCGUACCUCUGGUCCCGCUGGUUUGGCAGCUACACCUUGAACGAGGCACAUCGGGUGGGAAAAUCCAUAAUCUUCGAGGAGAUUAACAACAUUUUCGAGUCCUUUAAGACAGCCUCUCUGCCAACCCGCGACGUGGAAUCCCUAUGUGCCCAUCAUCAGUACAUUCGGGAGAUGGAGAAGUCUCUGAAGGAGAAGCUGGCGAGGAUGAAGCGGAGAAAGUGCGAGGAGCUCAUCGAAGCGAAAAAUAGACUGGAGGAGAGGAAUCGGAAAAGAGUAAUUGAGGAGCUGGAAGAAAUGAGUGCCUGCUACUUGAAGCGGUUCCAGGAAAUGGCAGCCAGGGCCAGGUUGGCGUCCACCAGGAAGCAACUCUUUGGCGGCAGUUUUGUGAAGGCAUCGUAUUUUGGCUGUCCCGAUGAUGAGAUCAGAUGUGAUGCUUUCGAUGAAGAAAGGUGCCGGACCUUCGAGGCAGAACGGGCAACAGAAAGCCAUAUUGGUGAUAUACCCAAAAUUAGAACUUGCAGUAAUAUUAGGCUAGCAAGCGGGGCCCAGGCUAAGUCCAAAACUAGAUCCAGAUCUAAAUCGAAAUCGAAAAGCAGGUCAAGAUCCAAAUCAAGGAAGCCUAGAAGUGAAACGCCAUCGAUUAAAGAGCCUGAAGUAGUCGUGGAAGCACCUGUGCUUCCCAGAAAAGGAGAGGAAGAUCUCCGCGACAUCAAGGUCAGGUUAUUGAAGGGAGAGAAACCCAUCUUAAAGGGAUGUCCCGACUUUCAACUGGAACCUCCCCACUGCGCCAAGUGCCAACAUUUCGACACCCAAAAGGGUUUACCCCAAAAACAACCCAAGAAACAGCGACCUAGUAGCCUAAUGCAGUUCCUCGAAAACUGCGUCUCUGAAGGGAAUGGAAAGGAGGAUGAGGAUCUCGAAAUGGAUACACAUCCUUCCGCCCAUCCUGUUCAGGAACCCAAGCUUUUCGAUCUGGGACUUUUAGGAAGAAAUUGCCCGAGGUUCAACUAUCGUGAGUUGUUUGGCUCGCUGCACAGGACUCAAUUGGACGACGAACGGAUGCGUCUAAAGGAGGCCUUUGUAAGAGCCAUCGACGAUGAUGUCCAGUACCUCAGUGCGGCCUUAAGUGGCGAGGAAGAGGGUUCUCUGGAUGCUCUGGUGGACCGAGCAGCCAAGAGGGUUUUCGCCCGGGAUGUGAAGACCUUUCACAAGGAACUAGAGAAGUUGCAUAAGGAAAAGGCUGCGAAAUUGAAUAAGUCCGAUUCUCGUUUGAAUUUUGGCCAGGAGUUCUACGAUCCCGAGAAUAUCCCUUUGAUGAAGGAGAUGCUUAGGUUGGGCCUGGAAAAGGUGGCCCAGGACAAGAGAUAUGUAUUGCCCACCCUGCCCGAUGUGCACUCUGUUCCCUACCUCAUCGAAUGGAUACGAUUGCGUUAUGGAAAACGCUAUUCCUAUGCGGAAAAGGAACAGAUUUUGAAUAGAGAUAAACUGGUCAUGGAUCAAAUAAUUUGGAUGAUGCACUCCAACCUCGCAAAGAUACCUUCCCUGCCUGUUCGCGACAACUUUACCGACUUGGCCAAGCUGCGGGAGUUGAGCAAGAAGUUCAGGGAACGCCACACCAAAAAAUUCCUAGAAGCCAUCAUGGAAGUGGAGAGGGUCUUUUAUUCGGCCAUGAAACCCCAUCUCUGCAAUUUAGCAACUGAGGAGACCUUUCUGGCCUACUUGCCCGCCCAUUUCCACGAUCUGGGCUUCACUGUUAAAACUGUAAGCUGAGUAAUGGCAAUUUCCUAUGAACUGGCCAAUUAUUACAAGAAGAUUCCUCU